UGAUUGUGGUCAUUGAAGGACUCGCUGCCAGCCGUGCACAUGGCCACGUACGGUAGCAUCCCGCUGGACGAGAUGACGCUCGAUGGCGAGCCGCUUCUCAACAAGGGCCACACGUGCGUCUCGAUCAAGGCGCAGGACGACGACUUCUUCCUCCGCGACGGCUACGGCUGGGACUACGCGAUCGUGUUCCCGAACGUGCCCGUGGACGCGCCCGCCGCCGAGGGCCUCGCGGCCAAGCUGCACGGUGCGAUGGCCAACCUUCCGAGCGUCAACCUCGGCGCGCCCAUCCACACGCACGUCUUGCCGCACCUGCAAGCGGCGCGCGAUGGCAUCACCAGUGGCAUCUCGGUCGCGCACGACACCAUCACGACAGGCAUAACGACGGGCAUUACGACCGUCCUCGACACGACCGGCAUCACCAACGUGCUCGACGCCUUCCGCACGUCCAACGAACACUUGAGCAUCGAAGACAUGUGCCAUCGCAUCCACAAGUCGGGUCUCGAGCUGCGGCUCUUCUACUCGUCCAAGGACGAGUCCAGCGACAUUGCGCCGUACAUUCUCUGCCAAGUCCGCGCGUCCUUUGCUCUCCUCAAGCACGAAGCCGACCGCAUCGACAUUUCGCGGCUCAUGGACGCGGACGCGCUGCGGGCGACGGCGCUCGCCGGGUACCCGGACGCGCACAUUGCGCCCUUCCACAUUGAAGACACGCUCGGCCAGUACAAGCUCUCGCCGUACGAGUAUAUCCACAUGACGUACACGGAGCGUCCCGACAUGCAGCAUCUCUACGCGCGCGACCCGGCGUCCGGCCACUUCUUCUCGGGCGUCGAGCGCAUCUGCCUCAUCGAGAGCAUUCUCACCAAUGCGAAUGGCGGCGGCGCGGGCCUCGACCUCGCCAAGCUCGAAGAAAGCGGCACGAUCGUCGCGUCCUUUCCGCUGCACAACACGGCGGAGAAGACGGCGCUCUACGAAGCGUGGAUCCACCGGCGCAAGAUGUUUGCGCAGCCGAUCGACCAGAUCGCGGGGUACUUUGGCCCCAAGAUUGGGCUCUACUUUGCGUUUCUCGGGCAUUAUGCGAGCUGGCUCGUCUCGGCCGGCCUUAUUGGCAGUCUCAUUUGGCUCCUCGAGGUCCUCAACAACGUCCCGCUCUACGACGGCUUCACGCUCUCGCUCGGCGCCCACUGGCUCCAAGUGCUCGUCUGCGGCUUUAGCGUCUUUAUGGUGCUCUGGUCCACGUGCAUGCUCGAGUAUUGGAAGCGCUACAACGCGCGGCUCGCGAUGCAGUGGGGUACGACCGACUACACGGAAGAAGAGCGGCCGCGCCCGCAGUUUGUCGGGACGCUCGUGCCGUCGCCGAUCACGGGCAAGCCCAUCUUGUACUUUGACCGCAAGGAGCAGCGGAAGCGCAUGCUCCAGAGCUGGCUCGUGCUGCUGCUUCUCGUGCUCGCCGUCCUCGUGCUCGUCUCGUUUACGUUCUACCUCCGGUACUACAUGGCCGUGUCGCACAAGGAGACGUUUGCGCUGGCGAUGGGCAACAAUGGCACGCGUUUCUACUAUGGCGGCACGGCCGCGUCGCUCACGAACGUGAUCCAGAUUGCGCUCAUGGCCGAGAUCUACGACCGCGUGUGCAUGCGCAUGAACGACUUUGAGAACCAUGCGACCGAGUCGGCGCACGAAGGCUCGUUCAUCCUCAAGAGCAUCAUCUUUCACUUUGUCAACAACUUUGCCGCGCUCUUUUACAUAACGUUUAUCAAGUCGAGCCUCGACGACUACUGCGAGAACGGCGACUGCCUCCAAGAGCUCCGGACGACGCUCGUCAUCAUCUUUGGGACGCAGCUCAUUGCCGGCAACAUCCAAGAAGUGCUUCUGCCGCGGGUCUUUAUUUGGCUUGCGCGCUGCCAAGCGCACACGUCGAGCAACACGCAGGUGCAUCACCCGGUCGAGCGGCAGUUCUUCCUCAACGACUAUGGCUGGCGCGGGACGUACAACGACUACCUCGAGCUCGUACUGCAGUUUGGCUUUACGGUCCUCUUUGUCGGCGCGUUCCCCGCCACACCAAUCUUUUCGUUGCUGAACAAUGUGCUCGAGAUCCGCAUUGACGCGUACCGGCUCCUCACCGACUAUCGCCGCCCGAUGCCGCGCCCGGUGGCCAACAUGGGCGCGUGGAUCACCGUGCUCGACAUUCUAGCCACGAUUGCGAUCGCGACCAACGGCUACGUCAUGGUGUAUACCUCGGGCGUCUUUGAGAGUCUCGAGGCGUACGACCGCCUCCUCUUGUUUCUGGCCUUCUUUGCGCUCAUGCUCUUUUUGCGCUAUGUCAUUUUCGCCUUCAUGGAGCGCAACUACUCGAUGGAGGUGCGCGCGCAGCUCAAGCGUCAAGCGUUCUUGAGCUCCAAGAUAUAUACGCGCGAAGCCGACGACGUUGUGCCCGAGUACGCCCACGACGCCAACUACCGUUUUGAAAUCCUCGACGGCAACCUCCUCGGCUGAGCAAUAUCGUCCUAAUACCAAAUUGCUCUUUUUUACGACGA